AUGAGGAUGGAGGUCAGUGAGAGGUUCAGCAAGGGGGCGGAGGCUGCUGUGGACUGGAACGGAGACCCAGCACAUCACCCAGGCUCAGAUCGCUACCUCUGGCCCAGAUGGACCAUGACGUACGGUCUCCCUCAGGGAACAGGUCCCACCGGUAACACUGGUCCAGGGGCUUCCCAACGGACAGACGUCCAGACAUGUCUAGAGUUGGAGCGAUAUCUACAGACGGAGCCCAAGCGGCUCUCGGAGAUCUUCGACGAAGAGCUGGACUGUCUCUUAAUGCCGAACUUCAUGCAGGGUGGGGACAGCGAUGAGGAGCUGAUGGACCCGCUCCUCCCCAGCCUCCCAGACCAGCCCAGCCCGCCCCCUCUCCUGUUAACCCUUCCCAAGGUCCAGGCCAAAAUCCUCCACGUGGCCAGCAAGACCCUAGGCGAGGCAGGAACUGAAACCCUCUCACCGAAGGACCAAGUCCUGGCAGGGGUCAGUGCCGCACAGCUCAGCGCCGCGGUGACCUCCCUAACACCGCCUUCGUCACCAGAGCUCGGUCGCCACCUCGUCAAACCCACACAAACACUGACUGCGACGGCAGACGGCACACUAACGCUCAAAUUUGUGGCGAAGAAGGUAGGGCUAGGAGCAGCUAAGCUGGUGGCAGCACGAGCGUUACCAUCGCCGCCAAGCCGAGGAGGAGCCCUCAGCGACGGAGAGCAGGGAGGAGGAGGAAGUCUGGGAGGAGACAUACCAGAGAACAAGAAGAGAGUCCACCGGUGCCAGUUUAAUGGCUGCAGGAAGGUUUACACCAAGAGCUCCCAUCUGAAGGCACAUCAGAGGACUCACACAGGUGAGAAGCCCUAUAAGUGCUCAUGGGAGGGCUGUGAAUGGCGUUUUGCCCGCAGUGACGAGUUGACACGACACUACCGCAAACACACCGGAGCGAAGCCAUUCAAGUGCAACCACUGCGACAG